CAACACAGAGGGCAAUACGGUAAUCUCGAAAAUACGUGGCUACAUAUAAAAUUUCUAAACCCUAGCUCACUUCGUUUCUCUCUCGCCUCCUCGCUCCCGUUGAGCUGCACUUCCUCAGCUACAGAAGCGGCGGCCGCCGACGGAUUUUUAAGCGAGUGCUGGAAGAUGGUGCGAGUGAGCGUCCUGAACGAUGCCCUGAAGAGCAUGUACAAUGCUGAGAAGAGGGGGAAACGUCAAGUUAUGAUAAGGCCUUCUUCAAAAGUGAUCAUCAAGUUUCUUCUUGUCAUGCAGAAGCAUGGAUACAUUGGAGAAUUUGAGUAUGUGGAUGACCACAGAUCAGGAAAAAUUGUGGUUGAAUUAAACGGAAGACUCAACAAGUGCGGUGUCAUCAGCCCCCGCUUUGACGUCGGUGUCAAGGAAAUCGAGCCUUGGACUGCCAGACUGCUCCCAUCCCGACAGUUUGGUUAUAUUGUCUUGACGACGUCCGCUGGAAUCAUGGACCAUGAAGAGGCCCGUAGGAAAAAUGUUGGAGGUAAAGUACUUGGAUUUUUUUACUGAGUGGUACGGGUACGGUAUGGCUUCCAUUCUUUACAAUGGAAGAUAAUUUAUUUUUGAUAAAUUUGCACUUGCGAAUAUGAUUGGUCCUUUUUGAGUUUAUUUCAAGGUAUUGGAACUAUAUAAGAACAGAGCUGUUAGGAUCCAUCCCUUUUAUUUCUUUGUUUAUGGUACUCUAUUUUUGACUAAGGAGAAGCUAUUUUAUCUCAA